GGGAAUGAGGGUGGAGAGGAACAUCUGGGGCAGUUCUAGCCUUUCUUCAUUUUCUUUAACCACACCCACGGCCGCAUUUCUCCUCUCUGCGCUCCUACCUGUCCACGGGAGCCAAAUUUGUGCGUCAAAAGAUCGGCACGAAGUUGAACUGAGACGGAAUAAAGGGAAAAUAAAUAAGCCGGUGGUUCUUUUAGUGAGAUAUGGAUUAAACAUCUCAAAGUAAGUGAAGGUGAAAGGAGAAACAGUAACCAUAGAGAGAAUUUCAGACAACAGAUAUUUGACAACAAGUCAGCAACAUGGACUGGAAAACCUUCCAAGCCCUCCUCAGUGGAGUGAACAAAUACUCCACUGCAUUUGGACGGGUAUGGCUGUCGGUGGUGUUUGUGUUCAGGGUGAUGGUGUACGUGGUUGCAGCUGAACGGGUUUGGGGGGAUGAGCAGAAGGACUUUGACUGCAACACCAAGCAGCCUGGCUGUCCCAACGUCUGCUACGAUCACUUCUUCCCCAUCUCCCACAUCCGCCUGUGGGCCCUGCAGCUCAUCUUCGUCACCUGCCCUUCGUUCAUGGUGGUGAUGCAUGUGGCGUACCGCGAUGACCGCGAGCGAAAGCACAGGGCCAAAUUUGGUGAUGACAGCAAGCUAUACAACAACACUGGCAAAAAACAUGGUGGGUUGUGGUGGACCUACCUGGUCAGUCUUUUUGCAAAAACAGGUAUUGAGAUUGCCUUCCUCUACAUCCUUCACCACAUCUACGACAGCUUCUACCUACCGAGGCUCGUCAAGUGCGAGGUGAUACCCUGUCCCAACGUGGUUGAUUGUUAUAUCGGUCACCCAACAGAGAAGAAGGUCUUCACCUACUUCAUGGUUGGAGCUUCGGCCCUCUGCAUCGUCCUGAACAUAUGCGAGAUCAUCUAUCUCAUCUCCAAGAGAAUUGCACGGAUCAUAAAAAAGUGCAAAAGGCGCAAUCACAACAUUGUGCAUCAUGACGACUACACCAACGACAAUUUCCACAACUACAACAUGGCUUUGCCAAAGAGAGAUAUGGAUGAUAAGCCUCCAUCCUUCAGGAAUGUCUGCAAAUCACCACACCGGCUGGAUGUACUCUCAGAUCCAAAGAUACGGGCCUCUGCUCCCAACUUGACCCUAUCAUGGUCAUGAUGGAAGUCAGGCCACGGCUCAAGAGUUGAGAACUGCUUUGACUGGAUCCCAGGUCACAAACCUUAAAAAAAAAUUACAGAUGCAGACUUGUGAGCCAAAUUACAGAAUGUUUCAGAGCUGCGUCAUUGGUACUGGAUUCAUUGUGACUUUGUGUCUGCAUCUAAAACUCUCAAGGAAUUGUUUGAACUUCGGUCUCCAAGUCAACAUCCACAAUAUUUACAAGUCAACUGUUAAAUUUAAGUUUGAUUUGUAGGUGAUACAUGGCUGUCCUUUUGGAUAUAUCUCUGUGCCAUUUCAGCUCUUCUACUUUUUAAAAUAAGCCAGUGAAGGUUUUAUCAGCUAUACUUUUGAGUAGUGUUGGCAUGGAGAGGGAGGGAAAUAAGUGUCACAAAAGAAGCAAAGACACACCUGGUGGAAGUAUUCACCCUCCCUGCCAGUGUCUACAGUGGUGUGUCAGAAACUGAUGUCUUAAUCUACAGUUUAGCCAUUAAAAAGGGAUUUUUACAAUUUAAUUUACACUCAGAUUAUGGUUUUAGCUUCAUGAUUUCAUGUAAAUCCAGUGAAGAAAAGGACACCCUUCAUCAUGUGAAUGUAGAUGCUUCAGAGCUUGUAUAAAAGGUGUCCAGAAAUGAGCUUUUUUAUUCUCACAGACAAAGUCAAAAGUAUUUGUUUUGCAUUUCAUGUUUUUAAAAUCCUUGCUCUCUCUGUCAGGUUUGUGCUGCUUAGACUCCUUGUGUUUUGACAUGUUUGUGCACAACAUCACCCUAUCCAAGACCACUGUUGAUUCAAGUCAGCCUCAAAGGAAUACUGCUGUUUAAUUCUGUCUUUAGUGCUGAAUCAUGUUGGAUGAAAACUGGACAGACCUGGAUGCGGCUUGUGGAACUGUAACAGUCCAAUCUAGACGUCACCUGGAAAUGUCUUAAUUGCAGAUGCUGUUAAUACUUGUCCUUUUUGUAAAAGUGUAAACGUAUGAUGACAAUGUGUGUCUUUGCUGUUUUUGAAUUGAGAUUCAUUAUUAGAUACAAGCAAUUUCUUUAAGAGAAAACAUGCCAUAAAUAUAGAUUUUAAUUCUGCAUGUGGAUCCUGACAAUCUUCAUCUAAGGAGCUAGUCAUGUUUUAUGAUGAAUCCUGGCAUCGGCAUAAAUUUGUGCCAGACAUGCAUCUGAA